GUAGUACUCACAUACACACAGACAGCGAACACAGAGCUAAAAGCGCUCCUUUCAUUCCCGAUUGAAUCGCGCCCGACGUAGCAGCAUCGUAGUAGUCCAGGAAACAAGCCUUCAAUUGUUUCGGGCGCCUGGUCGAUCAACAGGUGACAUUUGUCGGUCUGUUCAUUCAUAAAACGUGUUUGUUGAGUGGCAUCACAAUGUUAUCGCGAGCGGUUGUUUCGUCUCCUGCGGUAUCGUCGGUCGAGUCGUCGUCGCAGGAUAAUUCAUCCGGGAGUCCGGUGGUGGUUCCUGAGGGAGCUGCAGGAGCACCGGUGGUGGUUAUAGGACAGCAGCAACAGUUGGACAAGAGCGAGAUAAACGACGCGGUGACCAAGGUGUUGCAAGGGUACGAUUGGACGCUGGUGCCUAUAGCUUCAAAAGCUGCUUCUGAUAAAAGGAAGUUGCACGUGAAGAGACCCAUGAAUGCUUUUAUGGUAUGGGCACAAGCAGCCAGAAGGAAACUAGCUGAUCAGUAUCCUCAACUACACAACGCAGAAUUAUCAAAGACACUUGGCAAAUUAUGGAGGGUACUCAGCGAAAACGACAAAAAACCAUUCAUCGAGGAAGCCGAACGACUUCGUGUGAUCCACAAGAGGGAACAUCCAGAUUAUAAGUACCAACCAAGACGCCGAAAACCAAGUAAAGCUUCCGAAUCCAGCCACCAGAUGUCCCACGGCCAAAGCACCUCUUUCUCCAGAUCGCUCAAACAAGAAGAUUCGCCUUGUAGCCCGAGAAGUCACAGCUCUACCAGUCCAUCAACUUGUUCAUCCCAACCAAACAGCCCCCAGAUAACUUCGCAUCAGCUACUGAAACCUUGCGAUCCUCAUGGUAUCGACAUCGAUAACUACCAUCGCAUAACAGAUUUGGUCGAUGGCGGUUAUGCCAUUUAUGGUAACGAUGAUGGUUUGGAUAGUAGUGAUCUGGACCAAUAUUUGCCCUCGGAAGUGCCUUACAAUUUUGCCGGAUAUCAUAAAAAUAAUUCUCAUGAAGAAGAGAGCAAUAACAACUACAAAUCUAAGAGACCUUGCGUGGAAAACGUUCUAGCUUCAUCGGAAGUGUUUGAGGAGCCAUAUUACAGUAGGUAUCAUGAACUUCAACCUACGUCAGUAAUAAAAAACGAGAGAUAUGAUCAUACGAAUGCUUCUGGUUCUUACACGCAUCAGUCUUGCAUUUCUGCUACACCGUAUUAUGCGGGGAACAGUCAGUAUGUAUCCACAUAUCCUUCUUAUCAGUAUAUGCAACAGAGACCAAAUUUCACUAGUAGUACUGCUGUUGGUAACUUCAGUAGUGUAGAAAGCAUGUCAAACAGCGAGCCUUGGACUGGACAUCACAACAUAUAGAAGUGACUUGAAUAGAAUAUUAUCCAAAGUAUCUCUUUUACCGAAAAUAUAAGUGGGGUAUUUGUAAAUAUAUACAGUGACUUUACCAAAUCUUUUUGCUGGAUACUUACAACAUGAUUCUUAUGAUGAAUAGAGCAAUAAGAAUUAAAAAAAUUACGAAAUAAUUUAAUAGCUUCUUAAAACUUCCGACGACAGAAUAAUAUCGCAGGAUAAUAAAUCAUUAUUUAUUACGUAUUCUGUGAUAAUAAUGUACGAUUGAAAAAAUCAUCGGCUUCAGAGAUGGCUUGGAAAUGAAUGCUGUUAUUUUGUAUGUAAAAUUAUAUGGAGAUUGUCAUCGAUCGUCAUUUCCACGCCAAAUGGAUGCCAAUUUUUCGAUCAUACGGUAUUAAUUGUUUGACAUUAUUAUUUAAGAAAAAAGUAGUAAUUUUGUGCCAUCUACAUACGGAGCGAUCAACAAUGAUUGAAAUAGAUGGCUACUCUUUUGGUUGGCAAAUUUAACAAAUUCGUAUAUUUAUCGGUUGUUUUUAAGUUACUUAACCUAUUGCGUCCAAUCUCUAAGCUUGUUUUGGACGUUGGGAUGAAAAUAAGCCAUGAUUAUGUAAGUAUUUCUUUUUCUUGUUGAACACUAUAGUUAUAUUGAAAAAUAGCAACAUAUGCCGAUAUCACGAAUAAUAUCCAGUCAUCUUGUACUCAAAAACACUUUUUUGGUGUAAUUUUGGGGGUGCUGAAUUCGAAUCUGAUGUUUACUAACAUAAUUUCAUGAUGGAACAAAAUGGAGAAAAAUGCAAAAAAGUCGAAAAAAAAACCUUUAAAAAAAGUUUUUUGUAUAUAACUUUA